AUGUUAGAUCCUGAGCUAGUUGAAAACAAGACAAAGCUAGCGAUUCUAUACUUUAAAGCAAAAGACUAUGAUAAGGCAUUAUCAGAAUACACAUCUUUGAUAGAGAGUCUAUCCUCACUUUCUCCACAGGUCCUAAAAAAGAUCAGGAGGCAACAAUACAACCUUCACGAACUGCCAGUGAUUGGACCAGUAAUCCACCCACGACUAGGUUCAUUAUAUGAUCAGAGAGCAGCUACCUAUGAAAAGUUAGGACAAGUUGCAAGUGCAAUUAAAGAUGCAAAAUUAUUAAUCAAGAUCGAACCUAUUGGCUGUAAAGGAUAUUUAAGAUUGAGUAAAUUGUUGGCAGGAUUAGACAAGACUAUUGAAGCAUACAAAUGUUUACAAGAAGGGAUAUAUAUAAUAGAGAAGACGGUCAAGCAAUAUCAAGUUGAAGUUCCUGAAAAGCUUUACCAAAAUCUCAAGGCACAAUACCGAAAUUUGAAUCAGGACUUGAAAUCUCAAAAGAGAAAACAGGAACUAAGUUUACGUCAAGAGGAAGUUAAGAGGUUCAAAAAGAGAGUCAACAAAAAUUUAGACCCGUUAUAUUACUUUCCUUUGGAUAUAGUUGAGAUAAUAUUUCAGCAAUUCUCACUCACGAAUGUACUUCGAUGUCAUUUAGUUUCAAAAUUAUGGUAUUAUUCACUUACAAGUCUCCCCCAAUUAUAUGUCUCAAGAGUUCAUUUCAAAUCACAGAUUACGUUAUCAGAAUUUGCAUAUGGAGUGAAGUUACUCAAGAACAUCGUAUCCAAUACUCACUCGCAAUUAUUCAAGCAUGUCAGAGUUAAUUCAGCAUUAAACUUGCAGCAUUUGAAUAAAAUUAUCGAGAAGUUGAUAACUGAACCAAACAUGUCAAUACAAUCAUUGGAUAUAAUUGAUAAAAAUAUCAACUUGCAAUUACUUUAUAAUAAAUUGUGUAAAGCUGGCUGGAGAAUGAAUAAUUUCCAGAAUUUACAUAGUUUAAGAAUGGGAUUGAAUUGUAGUAUUAAAAAUGGCGAAAUUGUACUUAACCUAUUCAAAAAAUUAAAGAAAUUGGAAUUGAUUGUGGUAUUUGCAGAGCAAAGUUCUUCAUAUCAAGAGCUAGUUCCUAGCCAAGACAAGAUUUUUAAAAGAUUAAAAGACCAAGAAAAAGAUCAAUACCCAUUAGAAUCACUUGUGCUUGUAAAUCAUACCGAACUAUUGAAAGGAAACAAUACUUUCCAACCUUCAUCACAAACAUAUAAUCCAUAUCCCCCAUUCCUUGAAAAGAACUUUCCCAAUUUACAACAGCUAACCAUUUGUUCGUUCGACUUUGGUAAUUCCCUUCCCCAAUUUGGACACUUUAUGCUUCAAAUUCCCCAAUGCACAAAAAUAUACCUUGAAAACAAUCAAAAUAUCAACCUACUUCAAUAUCUACAGAUGUUGAAAAACUUCAAUCCGAGAUUUAUCCUUGAUGAGUUUGUAUUCAGAGAGAGUAAAGUACAUGGUUCGAUGACAUUGAACGACUUUUCCAUUAAUGAUUUGCCUCAACUACACAGACUUUCCAAAUUAGAUAUAUAUGGACACUGUUUGUCUUUAUCUGGCCUUAUGAAAUUACUCAAAAUCACACAUAAUGCACUUACAAGUCUAUCUAUUGGUGCAUCCAAUUACGUGUCGUUUGAAACACAUUCCCUGACAACUACUCGCUUAAGCAACAUCUUAAAAUAUUGUCCCGGUCUCUCGCUGUUAUAUCUUAAUGAAAUGGGAAUUAAUUCAUUUUCUGUCGUGCAAAUAGGCAUAGAUUUGAAACUGGUGUCCUCCCAGUUGAACUACCUUGAUUUAAGCUUUAAUCCAGGCAUGGAUGGAGUUGGGUUAAUACGAAUGUUUGAUCAUUUAUCCGUAGCUGUACUUGUGAUGCAUGGUGUUGAAAUUCCUGAAGAUACCAGGAGCUAUAUGAUACGUAAGGGAAUGGUAGGAAGAUAUGUUCACGAUAUUAAUAGAGUUAAGUGGCGUAUAUAUGGAGUAAAUAGUUGGCUUCACUAA